AUGAUUAGAAGAGCGCUCGAGCUUCGGAGUGCUAUUGAGCUCUAUCAGUCGCGUUGGCAGAAGCUCAGGAAUGAUGUGGAUCGACGUGACAUCACCAAGGACUUCCUGAACGCUACCGACUGGGUCGAGCUGCAACGGUUUUUUGACUUUCUGAAGCCCUUUCACAUCUUGACCCAGACGAUGGAAGGCAACGCCAGUAAGGACGGAGCAGAGGGCGGCCAUGGAGCCGUGUGGGAGACGCUGAAGACGAUGGACUAUCUCUUCAUCAAGUUCAAGCAAGCCGCGGAGUUGACCCGACACGAGGAUGCCUCUCACUUCAAAUCAGGAAUCGACUGUGGUUGGGCGGAACUGGAGGACUACUACCUCAAGACAGAUCGGUCCCCUGUGUAUCGUGCGGCGCUUGCGCUUCACCCUUCCUACGGGUACGAUUACUUUGAGCGGCACUGGUCGGAGGGAAUGGACAAACCGGAAUGGUACAGCGAAAUGAAAAGGGCGGUUAGUGACCUUUUCGAGGAAUAUCGGCAGCAGGCAGAGGUCGAGAUACAGGCGCAGACAGGGCUUUUGGACGACGAAUCCGACAAUGACUACAGCUCUUUCGGCAAGAGAUCAGUCACUUCUCUCAAUGUGCGGCGGAGAAGAGCCAGAACCGUGACCGAGCUCGAUCUAUUCCAAACUCGGCCAAUUUAUGUACAGGAUCUCGACGUCGCCGACCCGCUCGAAUGCCAGACCAAGAGACUGAUCACAGACGAGCGCAACAAUCUGUCAGAGGACACUGUGGAGGCAGAUCAGCUUCAAAAGCAAUGGUUAUCCAGAGGCCUCGUAGAGUAG